AUGGACCCCAACUGCUCCUGCACCCCGGGCGGAUCCUGCAAGUGUGCCGGCUCCUGCAAAUGCAAGGAGUGCAAAUGCACCUCCUGCAAGAAGAGCUGCUGCUCCUGCUGCCCUCCGGGCUGCGCCAAGUGUGCCCAGGGCUGCAUCUGCAAAGGGACCUCAGACAAAUGCAGCUGCUGUGCCUGA